AUGGCAACACUGACGGUGACCGUACAUGAGGCGCGUGACCUCCCCGUCAUGGACCGCACAACGGGUCUCGCUGAUACCUACGUUGUGGUGAAGCUCGAUGACCUUGAAUACACUACAGAUAUUUCCCGCAUGUCGUGCCAUCCCGUAUGGAACAGAGUUUUCCGCUUUGACACGCCGGACCUGCUUGUUUUGCAGGAGGACCCGCUCGAAGUGCGCGUCUAUGACCACGACAUUUUCAGUCGCGACGACAUCGUGGGACACACCUUUGUGGACCUCAAUUCUAUGGUCCUGAAGAGCAAUGCUUCCAUGAGUGGCUGGUUCCCUCUCUUUGACACUAGCACUGAAGGCAUACGGGGGGAGAUUCGCCUUACGCUAAAGAUAAAGUUUCACACAGCGGAGAAUCCACUAGCCCCGCGUCUGCCUAAGCGGUACGUCUGCAAACUACCUUCACCACAAAACACGAGGAGCCCCCACACUCGCGGGGAGACCAGUCAACAGCCACAAGCUGUACCUUCGGCCGCCUUUAUGCAAAUGUCAAGCGAUUUGGAACCACUGCGAGCAGCGCGGGCGCAACAUCCCUCUUUCACCAUGGGGGAUGAGGGAGUUCUUAUUUUUUCUGCGUGGAGAUUGGACCCUUCCGUGUAUCGUGUGGAGACUAUGCUUACAAUGGUGGAGGAGUUAAUCGUGAAGGCAGACCCCGAGCAUUCCAAACUCACGAACCUGCGAAGCACACGAUCCACUAAUGAAGCACGCAUCAUUCAACUGUACAAGUUGAGUGGAAAAGUUAGGCGUCAGUUGGCGCGUAAGGUGGUGGAAAUGCAGUGCAACGCAGUACUUGGUUACGUAGAGGAGUUUGACAUGGAGGCUAACGGUAUAAUCGUACGUGCCUACGGCACUCCAUGUGUUCUCUCCGCAGUGAAGUUCGUUGAUCCAGGGGGUGCAGAUACGGUGCCAGCGGCACAAAUACAGGUAGUGAAGAGGCUGACUCCCCCCAUGAGCGAUUCGCCUGUUGCUAUGCAUUGCUCCAUGCCGACACCGCUACAAAUGCCACCAGCUGUUGGACAUGGUGACCUAGCUGGUAACAAUGUGGUCGCCAUGAAUAUCCGGUGUCUUGAACAGGAAGCAGUGCAAGCAGCGCAGCAACCGCAACAGCAACGGUUAGGCAUCUCCACUGCAGCGCAGCAGACGUCAAGUUUUCACGGGACGAGCGCUCUCAUACCCUUCGUACAUGAAAGCAACUCACCAGGCGCUACGAGAGGAGACAAUCCUUCUAUGGAGUCGCUGCCACCGGCACCCACGGGGAUGCGAACAAACGUCCUUUUAUUGACCGUAAAGGACCUGCCUUGCGGAACCGUAGAGCACGUCGGUGGUCACAUCAGUGCCAUGUCCGUGAAGAUCGUAGCCAAGAUGAAAUCUAGACACCUCAUUUCUCAAGAACGCGAUGCAUGGUGGAUGGAACUGCGGGAAGAGCUGAGGGCCAAUGCUCGUGCUUUUCACUGUAAUGUCGUUAUCGGUUAUGAGGAGGCGGUGCUAUACCACGAAGACGUGGUGGUGCUAUCACUUUUCGGCACGGCUGUCAUGCUUAAUCUUACACUUCACCCGCUUCGCUGUGGUCCGGAACUUCUGUACCAAUCAGUGAGGAAAAGGUUUGCCGCGAGAAAGGCGUGCUCGUUGCUCCACCUAUACGCUCCAGUGGUGCGAUACAAGGAUGCAACAGAGGAGGACGCAAACCAAUUUAUGUGCAAUGUCUGCCACUCUAGGUUGGUACCCGAAGUACUUCUUACAUCAUGUGCGAUGCCGCAGGAACUCAUUUACAGAGAACGACCGCGGCUCGUUCAGGCCGUUGUGACGAAGGAAAAGAGUGCAAUUCGUGGUGUUGGACUCGCUCUUGCUGUGUCGCAAGCGUUGCCGUACAUUGAGUAUUCUUUGCACAAACAACUUCUCUUCAAUCUCAAGUUCCAAAAACUGAAUGCCGUCUUUGGUAUUCGCAUCACCCUUAGCAUUUCACACGACACCAUUAUUGGAACGCUGACGGGGACGGGCUGCUGCCUUGUGGGUCUUCCCGUGCCGUCGCCCCCUCGUGUGGAGGUGCUUGACCCUGCAAUACGAAACAAGGAGUCUGUAAUUCGCCUCGAGGCUGUAGCUGAGCAGCUUGGGCGUAGUCGGCAUCAUCGUCUGGGUGGCCUCGCAAUGAACAUUGGCGCCCGGUUCGCUAACAGCAACCUACGUGGCUCAGACUCUUCCUGCGAUCCUUUUGAGGUUUGUGCGGAUGAUUUCAUGUCUGACCAUUGGGAUGACAACGAAUCUUUUGGUGGGUCUUGCAGCAACCACGAACCUGGUGGGGCUGGGAAAGCCGAUAAAACUACAGACUAUAUUGUCAAGAUCGAUGAUGAAGAAGAGGCAGAGAUGAUGCUUGGAAUGAUCGGAGAUCUAUCGUUUGAAGAUAGUUUGAUGGUUACGAUACCGUAUGUACCGGAAUCAGCAAAUAUGUACGGUUCCCAGGAGCGUGUUGUGUUAAACACCCGUUUCGCACUUCCUCGGACAUAUCACGGUGCCACAGCGGUAGCAACUGUUAGCGAAUGUGUUGCUAACGCCAAACGUUCCUAUGUCCAGACAGUGUGCCGGGCGGCGCUACGCCGCUGUGGCCGUUCUUCGUUGUCUAGACUUUGUGUUACAAGUUACGCGUGUGAUUUCUUUUUCGAGCCGAAUUCGGGAGAACUACAUCUUCGAAUGGAGGGAUGUCUCAUGACGUGCACGACUGAGCAGCAAAUCCGCUUGAUGGAGUUAGAGAAACGCUCCUUCAGCGAAUGCAUGCGUUAUUUAGACGCCGACACAAAACCUGUUGAUCACGGCUCGAACAGUCAUGGAGAAACACAUAUGGUGGAUGGACUUCGUUCUCCGCCACUUGGAAGCAGUAGCUGCGGGGCUGGGCCUGCGCCACAGGACGCUGAGCCGAGAGUCUUUACGAUGAGCAACGCACCUUAUACGCUUCCGUAUGUUUUCAAGGUGGAUGCAGUAAAUCCCGCUCAAUGGUGGAACGAGAGGAUCGUCGCACCAGUUUCUGCGCCCUCCGAUGCGUUUGAAUUCUACAGUGACAACAGAAGGCGCCAUGGCGUCAUAGGGCGCAAACUACGAACCUUUGCCUCAAAAGUCACAGCUUUCGUGGGAAAUAUCUUAAAACCCACGGGGAGCCAAACAAAUAGGCGACCGAGGUCUAACGCCCAACAGUGUGAGACCACACCAAUUUCGUCGGAAGUUGCGGGUGGUGGAUAUUUACUUCAUGAGCCAAUGCGCCGAAUUCCGUCUGAUCCGGGAGAACUGGAGGCGGGAGACCCUGUUGUGAUAUUUACAUCUCAAGAUUUUGUUGCGGGGCAGGCUAUCAAACGUUACGUGGGGCGGCUCUCCCAACACUUCAUUCGCGAGGCGUACGAGGUCGACAACUCCACUGAUUUGGGGAUCUUCUUCCAGCAAACAGAGAUUGAAAUGCAGUGCAUGGUUCAGGCGAUGGUGAUCCUCAUGGGAGGCAACGCAUUACUUAAGCACCGCGUGACAUAUCAUGAAGUUUGGGAUUCCGAUGGCUCGGGGUGUGCUUCCCUGUUUGCCACCGUAACAGGUGAUGUGGUAGAGACUUGUGCCACUCCCCUGGUACCUUUACCGUGUGGUGGAACUGGAGAUAACAGUGGAGAACCCCUUAUUUGUGGAUACUGA